AUGGGGCAGGAGGGCGCCACCAACGGCGGCGAGGAGCGGGCCGGCCUCGCGGACGCGCCGUACGACCGCUGGGUCCUGCUCCGCCCCGCCGAGGGCUCCUCCCGCCCGUCCGCCCGCUACAAGCAUGCUGCGGAGGUGGUUCAAGACAAACUUUAUGUGGUCGGGGGAAGUCGAAAUGGCCGUUCUCUGUCAGAUGUUCAGGUUUUUGAUUUUAAGACAUCCAAGUGGUCAGUGUUGAAUCCCAGUCAAGAUUCAAGUCAAUUGAAUAUUGAAAAUAAUGCUGGGAACCAGCAAUUUCCACCAUUAGUCGGCCACAGUUUGGUCAAGUGGAAGAAUAAUCUUCUAGUUGUAGCUGGGAACUCGAGAGCAGCAGCAUCGAAUAAGGUUUCAGUUUGGCUUAUCGAUGUGGAAACAAAUAGCUGGUCUGCUGUUGAUACGCAUGGAAAAGUUCCAAUAGCCCGAGUCGGCCAAUCUGUAUCACUAGUUGGUUCUAGAUUAAUAAUGUUUGGUGGAGAGGAUAACAAGAGGAGACUUCUGAGCGAUCUUCAUGUACUUGACUUGGAGACAAUGAUGUGGGAAGAGGUUACAACAGAGAAAGGUGGCCCAGCUCCUAGGUAUGAUCAUUCGGCUGCUGUUUAUGCUGAUAAUUAUCUUCUAAUCUUUGGCGGUUCCUCUCACUCCACAUGCUUCAGUGAUCUGUACUUGCUUGACUUGCAAAGUCUGGAGUGGUCUCAACCUGACACUCAAGGUGCAAAUAUAACUCCUAGGAGUGGCCAUGCUGGUACAAUGAUUGAUGAAAACUGGUACAUAGUUGGUGGUGGAGAUAAUGCAAGUGGUUCCACUGAUACAAUUGUAAUGAAUGCUGCCAAGUUUGUCUGGUCCGUGGUCACCAGUGUGACAGUCCGAGAUCCACUCGCUUGUGAGGGUCUAACUCUUUGCUCAACCACGGUUGAUGGUGAAAAGGUUCUAAUUGCCUUUGGCGGUUAUAAUGGGAAAUACAACAAUGAGGUCUUUGUGAUGAAACCCAAGCCAAGAAAUUUUGUGCAACCUCGGCUUCUCCAAUCUCCAGCUGCUGCCGCCGCUGCUGCUUCUGUGACAGCUGCCUAUGCUGUAAUAACUGCUGCUGAUGAGAAAACUAAAGAUAUUGUUGCUACUGAUGAUUUAGAUGUGAAGAGAGCUGAACCUGGAAGUUCUUCCAAACAAAUUGUUGCUGAAGUUGAUGCACUUAAUGGGGAGAAAGUAGAACUAGAGUCUCGGCUGACAGAAGUUCGUGCUGAAAACACAAAGCUAAAGGAUAAACUAGAUAUGGUGAAGUUGUCCUAUGGUGAAUUAACAAAGGAACUUCGAUCUGUUCAAAAUCAGCUAGCCGCUGAAGGUUCAAGAUGCCAGAAACUGGAGUCCCAAAUUGCUGCUGCACACAAAAGGUUGGAAUCUGCUGGUUCUUUGGAAAAUGAACUUGAAGUAUUGCAGCAACAAAUAUCUCAGGUGGAACAAACCAUGACAUCUUCUCAAAGACGGAAAUCUGGGGGUGUAUGGAAGUGGGUGGCAGGAAGUGCAGAGGUCUCCGACAACGAAUAG